AUGACCGAGUCUACUCCCGUAGCGUCGACCUCGUUCACCCCUCCACCGACCCUCACCUCGAAACAACGUCGUCAACGCCAAGUACCGCAAACGACCGCGCCUUCGAACGAUUCGGCCUUUCGCACCUCCGAGAGGUAUUGGAAGAACCGAUCGCAACCUUUGGACUUUGGGAGGGCGUUGUCUUAUGAGAGGAUACGGUGGGAUCAGCCUCGCAAAGGGGAGGAGGAGCGAGUGCGUGGUGUUUGGGAGGAUGGACAGGGGCUGAGCUUGGAAUGUUUUAGGAUUCGGUUGAGGCCCGACGAGGAGGGUGUGCUUGGUCACAAGAAGUGGAAGGGGAAACAGGUGGGAAAGGAAGAGAGACGGGAUACUUGUGAUUAUGCGGUCACCAUCCCUAACAUGCCAGGUGAGCUAGCAAAUCAUUUCACCCCCUCCCCCCACUUGUGAACCGGUGCUCAUCCUCGCUGUCCUCCUCCUCCUCAGGCAUCAUACUCUUCCCCUCCAUUCUCCCACCCGCACUCCAACGGGCCCUAGUCCGUGAAUCCCUCCGGCACUCCGUCUCCCCGAACCUCACCUCCCUUUCCCCGCACUACGAUCUACCCCUCGAAGGGAUCUGGAACGCCUUUGAAGCGGGUCAGGGGGGGAGACUAUGUAAGAGGAUUUCGCCCAAGAGUGAUGGGACUAUCGGGAGGGAUCAAGUCAUUUUCGAGCCUGUAACAAAGGGUAAUUGGAAGGAUGAGAUUGGCAGGGCAGAGAAGGAGAAGGAUAAAGAGAACAUCGUCGUCGUUCCCCCUCCAUUGCCCAAGAAGGAACUCGUGACUCCCAUCGACGCAGCAACCUCGGCAGCUGCAGCGGACUAUACGGUCCAUGACCUCCUCACCAAAUUGCGUUGGACGACCAUAGGCUGGAACUACGAUUGGACAUCCAAAGUCUACAACUUCUCUCUACCGCAUUCGAAUCUACCCCCUUUGAUCCAUCGGUGUUGCAAGGAAGCUGUACGACGUGUUGACUGGGAUCAGGUUUUCGAGGGGACAGGCGAGGAGGAACUGCAUGAGGGGGGUGGGAAGGUCUGGGAUACGUGGAGAGAGGAGUAUGAACCGGAUGCGGGAAUCGUCAACUUUGUCAGUCUUGUGGAAGUUUGGGCUUAUUCUCUGGAUGGUGGAGCUGAUGAGCGGCGGCGAUAUAGUACCAAUUGAGGGACACCUUGACCGCCCACAUCGAUCAUUCCGAAUUGGACGCCGUUCAACCGCUCGUUUCAUUCAGGUACGCAGUCCAACCCCAAAAGUGUGCUAUAACCCGAAGAGGUGAGCACAAGUAGCUCAACCCCACUCCCCCUUUUCUUGCCCUGCACAGCAUCGGCCAUUCCGCCAUCUUCCUCAUCGGCGGACCGACGAGGGAUAUCACACCCCUUGCGAUUGAGCUUCAGUCAGGGGACGGGUUGAUCAUGUCGGGUCAGAGAGGACGGAGGGUCUUCCAUGGUCAGUCUGGGUAGCGAUGCACCCGAAAGAAAACCUCCUAUCUGCGGACGCUGACUCUAUUUCCCACUUCUUCGCCUACCAAAUGGUACCCAACAGGUGUUCCGCGAAUUCUCUCCGACACGUUGCCACCCUACCUAUCCAGUACCUUGAACCUCAGAGAGGAGGAAGGACAAGAGGAGGAUGACUGGAAGUUGUUUGGCGAGUUCUUGGAAACGGGCGCGAGGAUUAACUUCAAUGUUCGUACGGUGGGGUAUACGGAAUGAUCGGGAUGUGUAGACUGGUGUUUGGAAUGGGACGAUCGCGGCCUGAAUCCUCGGAAACCCAAUUCUGCAUGCACGUUAUUUGACCCUUGUCAAUGCAGGUUUCACCGUACCGUGCCCCACAAAGUGCUCAACGCUGCCACAGUACCUCCUCGAGAAAGUCAUCAAAUUGCGUCCAAACUAUUCCCGCUCCUUCCCUGGGCACCUCUACCACCCCUCCCUCCUCCACUCCCGCCUCGGCCCCACUGAUCCCCUCCCCUCGCAACUCCCCUCGCAACUCAUCCCCCCUCCCCGACUAUACACCCCACGCAUCUCCCCCCUCCAUAGAGGGACAUUGUUCUGCCCUCGACGCCGCCACAGUCAUCGACGAAGCCUUCAACAUCCGAUACCUGGGCGGGACGUACGCUAAUACCCGGCCAACAGAAGUCAUGUGCGUCGCCCUCAGAUUGUUGCAACUUCCUCCUAUUGGGCCAUUUGAGCCCAAGGAGUUCAAGUGCGUUCUUUUGAUUGGGCUGUGUGGAGGGUAGAGGCAAGUGCCGAAGGCGGUGUGUUUGACUCGAGAAGGUAUCUGAGAGCACUGGCGAGGCUUCAUGUGAGGUUGACAUUCGACCCUGUCAACGUUUAUGAGGUGCUCGAAUGA